AUGCCGAAUCAAUGGAUCACCCUCUAUGCACUUACCUCCGCCAUAAUUCGGCCAUUCACGGAGGAUGAAAUUACGGCAUACAUGCAAUCCGUAGCAACGGAUAUCUCAAAGGAGCAUGUUAGAUCGUUUCUCCUAGACGAAGCUAGCUACACAAAUGCCCGCUUCAGAUCCGCUCUCGAGUACACCCUGGAGCAGAAGCUGCCAAAAAGCUCGGUCCAAGCAAUAUGCUUUGUGUUGAACCUUCUCGAUUCCGUACCCGGCUGCCUCCUCCUCACCUUCUCUCUGACCCCAUUCCACCGUCAGCCGGUGCGCGUUCGUGAGGACCUUAUUGUCUCUUGGCUCGACCAGUCAUCCCGCCUCCUCUUCCCGCCAAUUCGCGGGUUUGCGAAGGCCAUCACGGCACUAACAAUGAUGGUCUGGACACGCAAUGCGGAUACAGACAUGUACUACGGGGCCGUCGGGUAUCCGGAGAAGACCGGAGCCGGGGUGAAAGCUCUGGAUGGGGAACCCGGGGACUUCUACAAGUUUGAGUUUCUUGACUUUUCCACUAGCGAGAAGAAGGUGCUCGAGUGUGACGUUGUAAUUGUCGGGUCGGGAUGUGGGGGAGCUGUUGCGGCGGCUCGAUUGGCGGGCGAGGGUCUUGAAGUUGUGGUUGUUGAUCGCGGCGAGUGGGUUUCACCCGACCAGUUCCCGUUACGGGAGACGGAGGCUCUUAAUAAAUUGUUUAGCAAUGGUUUAGCUUCCACAACUGCGGAUGGUGUUAUCGCGCUGAUAUCGGGGGAGACGUUCGGUGGCGGUGGAGUUGUUAAUUGGGCUGCUAGCCUCCAAACGCAAGGGUUUGUCCGGGAGGAGUGGGCGACGAAGCAUAAACUUCCGUUCUUCCUUUCCAACGAUUACCAAGAUUGCUUGGAUAAGGUGUGUGAGCGAAUGGGCGUCACGACGGAAGGCAUUAAGCACAACCACCGGAAUCAGGCUAUGAUAGAAGGAUGCAGGAAGUUGGGCUACUCUACGGUGGCUGUCCCACAGAAUACAGGUGCUACUUUACCAGGUGAUAAAGAAGGCAUAGUACGAGAACAUGCAGAUGGAUAUUGCGGCAAUGGGUGUGGAUGCGGCAAGAAAGGAGAUGGCCGGAAAAUGGGAACAACCCAUACCUGGCUCCCGGAUGCCGCCCGAGCCGGUGCCCGCUUCAUCCAAAGCUACUAUACAGAUAGAGUUCUCUUCUCUACCGAUGCCAAAACCAAAGCCAUGGGAGUAACAGGCACUUGGGGCCCACAGAAAGUCCCACUAAAGAUCAUGGCCAAAAAGGUCAUUGUAAGCGCUGGUUCACUAAAUUCUCCAUGCUUACUCUUACGCAGUGGAUUAACAAACCCCAACAUCGGCAAACACCUCCACCUCCACCCCGGCGUCACAAUCCAAGCCUUCUUCCCAGAGCGCACAGACCCUUGGGUAGGCUCCCCGCUUACCACCGCCUGCACGCAAUUCGAGAACCUAGAUGGGAGCUACCACGGCGGCAAGCUCGAAACCGCCGCGAUGGGCCCACUAAUGGCCGCGAGUCCGCUCCCCUGGCUCUCCUCGGCAAGCCUGAAGCGCACCCUGCUGAACUACCGCCACUCGGGCCUCUUCUUCACAAUCCAGCGGGAUCGCGAUUCCGGCAUGGUAACUCUAAAUACCUGCGGCGAGCCAGUCGUCAAGUACACCAUCAGCGAAGCCGACCGAGAAAUGAUCCAGACUUCCUUGCUAGGACUAGCGAAGAUACUCUACGUCCAAGGAGCAGAAGAGAUAUUACCAGCAGAAGAAGAAGGCCCAUAUGGACACGCAACGCAUCAGUUCAAUGACCCCGGCAUCAUGGACCGGAGGUUUCAGCGGUGGCUAAAGAAGUUUGCGGGUCACGGGAUGGGCGGAGAAAAGACGGUUUAUGGGUCGGCGCACCAGAUGGGGAGCUGCCGUAUGGGGAAUGAUGGAGGCGUUGGGUCCGUCGUGGACCCCAAGGGGAGGGUGUGGGGCACUGAAGGGCUGUUGGUUGCGGACGCGAGUGUCCUGCCGAGCGCGUGCGGGGUUAACCCUAUGAUCACCGUGAUGGCUAUCUCCGAGUGGAUUGCUGGCGGGGUAGUGACAGAGUUGAAGCCGCAGAGGGGGGGUGGUGGUGUUAAAGCUUAGUUAUGAUACCAUCGCGGAUAUAUCCGGUUGGAUUGUAGAUUACUAUGUACUUUAGUAUAUCAUACUCGAGUAGUGAUAGCCGGCUCCCUUCAUAUUAUGAGCGAAUCGAAAUAUGCCGGAACCG